CAAUGCUGACAGUUCUUGUAACAAAUUGUUACCAACCUAACGAAUUUCAAAAUCACAACCCUAUUAUCUAAUUCCAAUAAUCCAACAUGGCUCGUAUUCCUGAUAACCAUAUUAUUUCCUUCUACGCCUGAAAAACCAUAUAAACAUCCCUGAUUAUCCUGUAUGUGAUUUCUCUGGAGGUUGCUUCGUUAUAGUGCAUUUACUAUCGCGAACAGUGAUCAUUUAUAGGCGUAUACGUGACAUCUGACAUCGCCUGGACACACCUGAGGAAUGUUAAUUUUUUAUUGUUUACAAAUGAGGAUGAAAAUGUUCAACAACAGUCCAAAAAACGCCUGAGAAAUUGAAUAUCUCCAGUGGCCGUACUUGUAUGCAGGGUCAAGCGAAUAGAAGCAAACCUGGUUGAUUUUUUGCGCGCUGAUCUGGACGGGUGAAAGGCCAUUUACCUUUAGAGAUGGCCUUUAAUGAGAAAGUGGACCCAGAACUAAUCUUCACCAAACAAGAGCGUAUUGGCAAGGGCUCAUUUGGGGAGGUCUUCAAGGGCAUAGACAACAGGACACAGCAGGUGGUUGCUAUCAAAAUCAUUGAUUUGGAAGAGGCUGAAGAUGAAAUUGAAGAUAUACAACAGGAAAUCAUGGUGCUGUCACAGUGUGACAGCCCUUUUGUCACCAAGUACUAUGGGUCCUUCUUGAAGGGCACAAAACUAUGGAUCAUAAUGGAAUACUUGGGUGGUGGGUCUGCUUUAGAUUUGAUGAAGGCUGGCAGUUUUGAAGAAAUGCACAUUGCUAUCAUUUUGAGGGAGGUGCUGAAAGGUCUAGAUUAUUUGCACAGUGAGAGGAAGCUACAUAGGGACAUUAAAGCAGCUAAUGUACUGUUGAGUGAAAUGGGAGAUGUCAAAUUGGCAGACUUUGGUGUGGCGGGUCAGCUAACAAAUACGACAAGCAAGCGUAACACCUUCGUGGGCACCCCAUUCUGGAUGGCCCCGGAGGUGAUCAAACAGUCCGCGUACGAUUCCAAGGCGGAUAUCUGGAGUUUGGGCAUCACCGCGAUCGAACUGGCCAAAGGUGAACCGCCCAACUCAGAGCUGCAUCCUAUGCGGGUGCUUUUCCUUAUACCCAAGAAUAACCCGCCACAACUUACAGGCAGCUAUAGUAAGCAGUUCAAGGAUUUCGUUGAGGCGUGUCUGAAUAAGGAUCCUGAGAAUAGACCGACGGCAAAAGAACUACUGAAAUAUCCCUUCAUAAGGAAGGCGAAGAAGAAUUCAUAUUUGAUUGACCUCAUAGACAGAUACAAAAAAUGGAGAUGUACGCGAAGUGAAGAAAGUGAAACUGAAUCUGAGAAUUCUGAUUCAGAGGAACCAAAACAGGAUGGCGACCUGGAUGACCCCUGGAUCAUGACUGUAAAAGGAAACAUGAAAUUACCUUUAGAAGCGCAACCUGUAGUUAGUAACUACAAGAAUUCCAGUAAGAUACAGAACGGUUCGGGUCCACUGAUGAGCAAGUCGCCGCCUAAAGACUCGAAUCUUAAUCAUUACAAAGUCAAUAUUUCUUCCAAGUCUCAUAGCAGUAUUCAAUCCCCGUUGGAUAACAGAAAGGAAAAGGAAUCCCCUGAGGGGGUAGACAGAGAAAGAAGUACCAGUGUUGGAGGCGGCAGGGGACUGUCGGUUGACGUGGGCAAAGAGAAAGAAAUGAUGGUACGAGACCUGAGCCCGAUGGCGCACACCAGGGAUAGGGAACAGCAGUUCUUUGCUGAGAAGAAAAUGUAUAGGGAUCGAGACAGGGACAGGGAUCAAUCGAACUAUGACAGGCCGGUCAUUGAGAAUCAUUCGCCCAUAUUGUCGUCUGUCAUAUACCCGCUGAUUAUUGAGUUGCAGCGAAAACACCGCUACAGCAACGGCAAAUCGGCGUCGUCGGCAGCCGCGGGCGGCACGUCGUCCAUGGAAGGCGGGCACAAAUCGGGGAUAGCGACCACCGGUGGCAGCGCCGCCUCCGACGCAGUCGAAGAGCUGGAAGCGGCGUUCGAGAUGGCCGAGAGGACAUCGCCCGGCAUCGCGGAGAGAUUCGUUUACGAGCUGGUCAGGAAACUGGUGCCAUCCAUCACCGAACACAAGCUCAACACUGUGCUGGACAAAGUUGUUAGGGAUACCUUGUAGACAGACAGCAGUAUCACUAUUAGAGAGACAUAACUGAAACGUUCUAUUAGACCCUUACGAGACCUAAAUUGUUUUCACUUGUUAAUAGUUACUCAAUAUUAUAGAGUAUGUUAUAUUCUUAAAGCUUGUUACUGAUAUAACUCUCUCUCUCUCUUCCACUUAAUAUAAAAAGGUAAUUAGUUGAACGGAAGAUGAUAUCUGCAAGCAUUUCUGAAACAUUGGUACUUGAAUUUUUGUGAUAUGAAUUUAUAACCAGUAACAUAGCAUCGAAAAAAAUGUCCAGUGUAAAUCUCAGUUUGAAAAAAAUAUGUAUAUCGCUUUUUCAUAUCUGCUAAUUUUGAAAACUACUUGUGAUUUUUUGACCGAGCAUCGAAGAAUAUUUUACCAAAAGAGUAAUUAUUGUAUUACUAAAGUGAAAUGUUUGCAGGUAGUAGUUCUUGGAAUAUUGUCGAGAUAGAUAGAAUUCUAAAUUAACCUUCUCUAUGCAUGCUGAUCUCUAUCUACUAAAUGGUCAGGCGCCUUCAAAUUCUUGUUUUUGUUUUUUAUUGAAUGAAUAACAAUAAUGUAUUCUGCCCCAGGAAAGUUAGAGAUCCAAGUAGAUUUUUUUCGAGAAAUAACCGAAUUUUUACUGAUAUUUGCAGAACUGAUGAUUUUAUGAACAACGACACUGGAGAUUCUUUCCAACAAUGAAUUUUUGCUAUGUGCUGAACUUAUUUGUUCCACUGAUUGGGGACUGUCAGGAAUUCAUUUUUGGAAAGGACCGAGAGAGAAUUCGAAACCACAAGCUUGGGCAACAUAUUUGAUUGAUGAUUGAAAGUUUGUCAAUUUGUAGUUGAAGGUCUAAUAGUAGAUGUGGAAUUUUAACUGUGUGGAGAUUUCCGUCUUCCUACCUUUUAAAACAGACAAUUUAUUAUGUUUCUCAAUUGUUUUAUAUUCACAACUACUUAAUUUAUUUGUACGCAUUUAAAUAAGAUGAAUAAUGUUUGGAAUAAUUGCACCGUUUGCAAAUUUUCAGUAGUGUCACUUAUUUCUUGAAAAAAUCUAACAUUCCUUGAGUAUUUUAAUAUAUUGCCAUAUCCUGCAGGAUAUACUGUAUAUAUGUAUGUAUAUCUAGAAUGAAAUGUAUUAUUCAAAUAUUUUUUCUUGCGAUGUAUUUUUUUAGAUGUGUAAAUAAUUAUUGAAUAAAUAGAUAUCUCAUUUA